CCUCUCCCCCGUGCUGAAGGAGGAGAGUAGGUUUGCUGCCUGGGGGAGGAGGGCUGGAGGAAGCCCUGGAUUCUGGCAGCGGUGCCUUUGUCACCACCCUGCUCCAGCGGAGCGGGGACGCGGAUGACGCCAGCGCUCCAAAGACCAGCAUUGUUCCAAACGCCCGGCCACGGACAAUUUCACUCCCAGUGCUGCCAAAACAGGACUUCUUGCUGCAGCUCUGGGUCACAGGCUUUGUUUUCGGUACGUGGAGCGAUCCCUGCUCCUCUGGGAUUGUCUAUAAAUCCAUUUGGGAUCGGGGCUAGGAAUGAUGAUGAGACCCAGUGGAGCGCACGAAGGAGGCAGCGCUGUGGCUGGCAUUGAUGCUCAGCUCCGUGAUGCCUGGCUCCCUGCUGUUGAAUGGUGGCACUGGCAACCAAGCAGUUCCUGGAGGAGAUCAACAAGUGGACAGGCCAGUACAAUGUGUCCCCGCUCUCCUGGAACGUGGCUGUCAAGUUCCUCAUGGCCCGCAAGUUCGACGUCCUGCGGGCCAUCGAGCUCUUCCACUCCUACCGGGAGACACGGCUGAAGGAGGGCAUCGUGAAGCUGAAGCCGCACGAGGAGCCGCUGCGCUCGGAGCUGCUCAGCGGGAAGUUCACCAUUCUGAGCGUGCGGGACCCCUCAGGAGCCUCCAUCGCCCUGUUCACAGCCAAGCUGCACCACCCCAGCAAGAGCGUGCAGCACGUGGUGCUCCAGGCGCUCUUCUACCUGCUGGACCGAGCUGUGGAGAGCUUUGAGACACAAAGGAAUGGGCUGGUGUUCAUCUACGACAUGGCAGGGUCACAGUACACCAACUUCGAGCUGGACCUCAGCAAGAAGAUCCUCAAUCUGCUCAAGGGUGCCUUCCCAGCUCGGCUCAAGAAGGUUUUCAUCGUGGGAGCGCCCAUGUGGUUCCGCGUGCCCUACUCUAUCAUCAGCCUGCUGCUGAAGGAGAAGCUGCGGGAGCGGGUGCAGAUGGUGAAGAUGUCGGAGCUGAAGGAACACCUGCCUCGGGAAUGCCUCCCUGAGUACCUCGGAGGGUCCCUCAAACUGGACCCCCUGAGCUGGAAUUGCCGGUUCCUGCCCCAGCAGAACGGGCACCCCGACCCCCUGGACGAGCUCAUCCUGGUGCCGCUGGCAGCCCCCAAAGACAACGGCUCCGUCCACGUCCCCGGACCCAAGUCCAUCACCCUCCAGGAGCUGCUGGAUCACGUCAGCCACAAGCAGAAACGUGGUAUCUACGAGGAGUACGAAGACAUUCGGCGCAGGAGCCCAGCCGGCACCUUUGUCUGCUCCUUGGCACCCUACAACCAGGACAAGAACCGGUACGGGGACGUGCCCUGCCUGGACCAAACCCGCGUCAAGCUGGCGAAGCCGUACAGCCGCCCAGAGCUGACUGACUACAUCAACGCGAGCUUCAUGGAUGGCUACAAGCAGAGGAAUGCUUACAUUGGCACUCAGGGGCCUCUGGAAAACACCUAUGGUGACUUCUGGCGCAUGGUGUGGGAGCAGAACGUCCUGGUGAUCGUGAUGACAACCCGGCUGGAGGAAGGAGGCAGGAGGAAGUGCGGCCAGUACUGGCCCCUGGAAAAGGAUUUCCAUGUGUGCUUUGGGGCCCUGACCAUCACCAACCUGGGCGUAGAGAACCUCAGCCAUUACAAGAAAACCAUCCUGGAGAUCCACAGCUCAGAGACCAGGGAGCGGCGGCUGGUGUCCCACUUCCAGUACCUGAGCUGGCCAGAUUACGGCGUCCCCUCUUCCGCCGCCACUCUCAUUGACUUUUUGGGGGCCGUGAAGCAGCAGCAGAGAGUGGCUGUCAGCGCCCUGGGACCUCGCUUCAAGGGUCACCCCGGGGGACCCCCAGUCGUGGUGCACUGCAGCGCUGGCAUUGGCAGAACAGGUACCUUCUGCGCGCUGGACAUCUGCCUGUCACAGCUGCAGGACGUGGGCACUCUGAACAUCUACCAGACGGUGCUGCGCAUGCGGACCCAGCGCGCCUUCAGCAUCCAGACCCCCGAGCAGUAUUACUUCUGCUACACCGCCAUCCUCGAGCACGCCCAGCGCGAGGGCCUGCUGCUCACCAACCACAGCCGGGCCGCCCAGGAGAAGAGCUCGCCGGGGCACUGAGACCCGCUGCCUCCCUGCAGAUGCUGCUGCCCAUCCUCGGGGGCUGCCUGAGCUGCCUCGGGGCCCGCCGGGACCCAGCAGAGCCGUGGGGGCGGCGGUGCCGGAGCACCGCGGCUGUCAGCACUGCUAUGGAACUGUGCCUUAUUCAACCCAAACGGUGGCUGCCACUUGCUGGCGCGGGAAGGGGCUCUCACUCCUCCCCGUCGUGUUUCGGUUGGGUUUGGUUGGUUGGGGAGGUAGUUUAUCUUCUCUUCAAGUUGUUGGGGGUUUUUUGUUUUGUUUUUGGGGGGGUUUUGUUGUUGUUGUUGUUGGGACCACCUAAGAUGUACCUAGAGAGGGGCUUUGCAAAGCCCUAGGAAAUGUAUUCCCAGUCCUGGGGCUGAGGAAGAGGCACGUGCUUCGGUCUCAACUGAUGCUCUCUGUGUCUGUAUGUAUGUGUGUAUAUAAUAUACCCCCGCUGUGACCCCCGGCUAUUAUAUAUAUACAUAUAUACAACCUCCCCUUUAGCAGCUCCCAAGGGUUCCCGCUGUCCUGCCACCUCACUGCUGUGAUCUCUGGAGCGGUGAGUUUGGUCCUGGCUCUGUCUUGUCUUCCCCCUUCCCUUUAUUUCCCCUCGUGGGCAGCGCUGGGACCCGGUACCCACUCCCGUGCCCAUCCCACUGGAGGCACGAGGAUACUUGAUGGUGUCCCCCUGUUUCUUUGUCUCAUCUUCCCCAUGGAGAGAGAUAGCAGCUGUGCUCCUGGGAGCAUCUGGAGGAUUGGGUUGUCCAGGGGGUGCUGAGCUCGCAGGCGUCCCCAGCUCCUUGGGCACGGCUGUGGGAGUCACUAGGUACGAGGUGAUGGGGCCGUGGGGACCGACCGGCUCUCCAGGUUGCCCGGCUUUCCCAAGCUUCCGCUGGGAACCCGCAGGCCCAGCCCUGCGUUGAGUCACGGGCUGGGCAAGCGCUGAGCAAGAGUAAACCCCAAACCCUGGAGAGGCAAUCAGCCUCUGCCCUGGCCCCAGCCCCCGCCACUGCCCGGGCCUCCCCAACUUUAUACUGUAAUAAGCUCUUUGAAUGUGUAUAUUCUUAUUUUUUUAUAAUCUUGGGGGAGGGGGGUACAGGGCUGGGGAAGUUUUGUUUUCAUUGGGUUUUUUUUAUUUUUGUGUGCUUUUUUCCUUUUUUUUUUUUUUUUUGUAUUUAACAUUAACUUGAUCCAAGCCAGAGCCAGAAGUAUUUGUAAAUGUUCCUAUUUUGCUGUCAGAGAAACUCUCUUUUUGUUGUCAUUACUUUUUUUGGGAGUUGUUUUGUUUUUAUUUGUAUUGAUAUAUAAAUAUACCACCAGUGACCAGUC